CGCAUCUGAUAUAAAUAAAAACAAGUCUAGAUGAUUUUUAAAUCAAAAUAUACACAAGCAAAAGAAGUAUAACAAGAAACACAGCAACUUAAUCUUACAGGAAAAUCUAACAAUGGUAUCGGCUUUCAUCAGCAUUCUAAUUAUCACCCUUGCUUUUGUCCACUGCGAAGCACACCUUGACAACUGCCCAUCAAAAUGCCAAAGUGAUUUCUCGCAAUGUAUUGCAAUUGUACAAGGUGAGGAUAUCAGUGAAUGUAACAAGUUAAAAACAGUUUGUUAUCAGAAAUGUAGCAGUGCUCUCAAGAGACGUGGACCAGAUGCCAAUGCAAUGGCUUCACAAAGUUCGAACAAAAAAAACAAAAAAUGUUGGGCGAAGUGUAAACUGCCUUCUAAUGUCUGUUCUGAUAAAAAGAAAGUACCUGAAAGACAAACUUGCCGAAACAGAGUGUAUUUAACAUGUUUAUCAAAAUGCAUUCUCAAAUAAAAAAUGUUUUAGGAUGGUGACAAACAUUCACGGACUCAAUAAAAACUUGAGUAACAGAAACUUUUUCUUCCUUGUUACUUUUUUCGACAUCAGACUCUUAUUAAAAUGUUUUAUUUAUGCGAUUUUGUUUAUAUUUGUGUUUGACGUAAUGUAUUUUGCUACUUUAGAAAUAUAUAUAAACAGUUUGU